AUGCCCGACUCAGCCACUUUGCUGAAAGCCACCAGAAGAUUGUGUGAGCAUGGUGGUGGUGAUGCCAGACCUGCUGCCACUGUCAAGAAUGGUGAAACUAAAGAAAAAUCAAUUAAAUCUCAGAAUCUGGAAACCCAGAUAGAAGACCAUAAGCCACUUCAGGGGACAGAGAGAAAGAAGACUGGAGAGUCUGACUCACAUGUCUUAAAACAUGAGUCCAGUGUAAAAGAGAAAGCUGCUGCAGAGAAACAAGACAAGAAGACAUCUAGCCACAAGAAACUACAUGAUCUUCUUUCAUCUUUGGCUAGUCCUCAAGUGCAGCCGUCACGUCCCAAAGCUCGGAAGAAGACCAAAACUGCAGGAAAAGGCAAAUUAUCCCCGGUAUCAGAGCCUGACCUUGAACCUGAGCUUGUUUUAGCAACCAAAGAAGUGGCUAAAAGUCUUGGUGGGGAUGUGAAGGAAACUGAGUCGGAGCUUCUGUCCACCUUGCGCCUCCACUCUUCAGAGACUACCACUGGCACUGCCCCAUCUCUCAGGUGGAGAGAAAGCCACAAUCAGGGAUGGAGGAAGUGCCACGUCACCUUCCUUCUGGUACCGAGGUCAGGCAAGGGUACCACAUUGACCCGAAAGACCAGCCCCGAGCCCGCAAGCCCUACACUCAGCCUCGGGAUUCAUCUGUGCCCAGGUCACAGUAUUUACUCUACACCACACUCUAUGUGCAGGGCUCAUGUUGAUCUCUUUGGAGGUCAACCUUUGGGGAUAUUUAAGAAAAGGGAAGAAGAUACCCAUGGACCUGCUGCUCCAAUAUCAGUGUUGCCCACAUGGGAGAGAUUGUACCUACAUGAGCUGGAGCAGAGUAUGCAGCAUCCUCCUAGUAAUGCCUUUGUGGAGAUGAUACAGUGGACUAAGCAAGGCAAGCUGUGGACCUUCCCCAUUGAUAAUGAAGCAGCAGGUUUGGUGGAGGAAAUGAAAGUGGGAUUCCAUGAGCAUGUCUUCCUUGAGAGACACUUGGAAGGAUGGUGCCCAAAACGUGGCCCCAUCAGACACUUCAUGGAGCUGGUUUGCACUGGACUCUCAAAGAAUCCUCAUCUUGAAUGGUACAAGAACUACUUCAACCAAAAAGAGAAUUUGCUUAAAGAGUUGGGAGCUAUAGAGGUUUCAUAAUUACAAUUGGACAAUGCUGAGUAUUUCAAGGCAAGUUGCCAUUCAUGUUUCUCUUGUAGAAUUUUAUUAUUGUAAAUUUCAGGUUUUAUGCACAAUGGAUGCAUGCAGUAUUUGCUGGUGGAUUAGAUACACCUCCACAUCACACCCAUAUUUUAUAAGGAGAUUUUGAAAAAGAGAAAAUUUAUUGUGUUUUGAGAGGGGGAGGGGGGGGAAUUCAUCAUCUGACACAAAUGCUUGCUUUGUCACAACAGAACCAAGUCUUUGAUAAAUAGUGUUCAGCGCACUACUUCUGAACACAGAUCACCCCAUAUCCCCUUAACCAUAUUUCACUACCUCUUCUGUGUUCUGUAUUAGAUGCAGGGUAUUUUUUUAUUUAUUUUUUCCCAUCUAAUCCACUAGAAAAUACAGCAGAUGCCUGAAGACCUUGUAAAUAAUCAGAAUAUUUGAUA